CACACUACAAGAACAACCAAGACGACGGGCUGAAAGACUUACAUCAUGCUACUUCUUCUAUACCCUGCUUCUCCACCCUAUCCAAGGGUGUUUGGUUUUACCUAUUCUGCCAAUGGCUAUGCACUGCAGCCCUUUCGAAGCCGCUCAAAGCGCCGUGAAGACACACGUGGAAGCUCUACGUCCGCGGCGCCAUCGCUGACUUUCGAGGCAGGAAGAUUGACUCUAUCGUCCGGUCAUGGCCUACGUAUGCCCUCGCUGCUUUGCAGCUCGUAGAAUCCUUUCUCGCAGGACGCCUAUUUUUCCAAAGGUUGUUACAGGUGUCGGCUCACUUUCACGCCCUCGUAUCGGUAUCUACCGGUCAGUCUUUGCGAAGCCUUCACUUUGAGG